UAUUGUUGCCAAAAUGACUCUUCCGCCGACCCAGGCACAGUGACAGCCAGGCAGGGGCACAUCUGCCGCACGACAGUCUAGUCCCGAUGAUCGGACGAUAUUCACUUGCUAUCAAUGCAUUUGAAAGGUAACUCGAUACAAUCUGUAGAUUAAAUGGCGAAAUUCGAUUCCGUGGAUGACACAAAAGACAACUGAUGUGUUACUGUUCGCUAGGUGCAAGCUAGCGGUGUGAGGCAGUCAAGCCUGCAAUGUCCACUGGUGUUAGCUAGCCUGCUAGCCCUGCAAUUUACUCUACUCAGUGAUUGAAUAAUGAUAGCCAGCUAUCGCAACCUAAGCAAACAUUUGCUUUCCGGGGAUGAAACAAAGUGUCUAGCUAGCUGACGUUAGCUAUAUCUCGUGGGAAGAUUUUGCCCAAACCUCACAUACAAUAGCCUAGUUUAAAGCCUUACUUGGCUAGCUACUAGGCAACUUAACGAUGACAGCUGACAUGGGCUCUGUCCAUGGGCGGUUUCACUGAAUCAUCCGUAGUCUAGCUGAACUGUCGGCACCGUUGCAACGUUAGGCAAGCUGGUCCACGAGUGGUUACACUGUAGCUAGCGUGUGACUGGACAGCUAUGCAAAAUUCUGUUUGUCACUGGCUCACACAUAAUUUUCGGGCUGUGCGUUAUUGCCGAGCCCUGCCUUGUGGUAUUUAUUCGUAUAAUGAGUGAUCAUUAUGUAAAAGUGAAGGUUCAACUCGAACAAAUGAAAUCAUCCAGCGAGGGUGUGGAGAAGGAGGAGGCAGAUAUGAUCGAGGAUGAGGUGCUGGUGGCAUCCCCGCCCGCAUCUGUCUCCCCAAUCCCGGCGAGUUGUACCCCCGCAGCCCAGAGGGAACCACCCAAGACCUCUGUCACUUGCAGGAAUCAGAGUAAAAGUAGGAGCAAACUAGGCAAAGAUGAGAAGAACACCGGCACCAAGCAGGAUUCAGUCCUUGCACUGCAAGGGACAAUAGUAGCUUCCAAUGCCAAUUCGGGGAAACCUGUGAAUCGAAAAGACAAUGAGCAGCAGACGCUUCAAAUCAAAGGGACUGGGAAGAUGCUGCAGGGGAAGACGGAAACAAAUGGGAACACUGUUCCCAUCCACCUGCCGGAAGACAUCAAAGUAGGCCCACACAAUAAAGAGGACGCCAACAAAGUUGCGAAGAGGAGGAAGCCAGUCACCGUGGACACGUUCAAAGCCAAAACCUCUUUGGAGGCACUGAAGCUCAGCAUCAGGCAGCUCAAAUGGAAAGAGUUCCCUGUGGGUAGACGGUCUGCCUGUGACAUCUACUGGCAUGGUGUCUCUUUCCAUGACAAUGACAACAUCACCUCUGGACAGGUCAACAAGUUCCCAGGUAUGAUUGAGAUGCUGAGGAAGAUCAACCUGACCCGAGCUGUAAGGACCAUGCAGGAGCUGUUCCCUGAGGAGUACAACUUCUACCCCCGCUCCUGGAUCCUGCCCGAGGAGUACCAGCUCUUCUCCACACAGAUCAGUCUGGCCAAGGACGGUGACGUGUCCCAGAAGCCCACCUUCAUCAUCAAGCCGGACGGAGGGUCCCAGGGGGAUGGCAUCUACCUCAUCCGUGACCCCGGCGACCUCAGGGUCAUAGCGGGGUCACAUACCAAGCAGUCCGUGGUCCAGGAGUACAUCCACAAGCCCCUGCUCAUCGACAAGCUCAAGUUCGACAUCCGUCUCUACGUGCUGGUCAAGUCCCUGGAGCCGCUGGAGAUCUAUAUCGCGAAAGAGGGGCUGUCGCGUUUCUGUACCGAGCCAUACCAGGAGCCCAGUCAGAAGAACCUGAGCCACGUGUUCAUGCACCUGACCAACUACUCUCUCAACGUCCAGAGUGGGAACUUCGUCCACUCCGACAGCCUGUCGUCGGGCAGCAAGCGCACCUUCUCCAGCGUGCUCUACCGCCUGGCCUCUAAAGGAGUGGACAUUAAGAAGGUGUGGUCAGACAUCAUCUCUCUGGUCAUCAAGACGAUCAUCGCCCUGGUUCCUGAGCUCAAGGUUUACUACCAGGCCGACAUACCGCCCGGCAAACCAGGACCCACUUGUUUCCAGAUCUUGGGAUUUGACAUCCUCCUGAUGAAGAACCUAAAGCCAGUUUUACUGGAGGUCAACGCCAACCCCAGUAUGAGAAUAGAACACGAGCAGGAAGUGUCCCCGGGGGUGUUUGAGUACGUCCCCAGCCCAGUAGACGAGGAGGUGAAGGUGGGAGUCAUUAGGGACACACUUCGUCUCAUGGACCCUGCUCAGAAGAAAUCACUAACGUCCUACCCAGAGCAGGAGGAGCUGUCGGGGUCACCAGUGAGGGGGUCUGGGGAGGAGGGGCGUGUCCUACCCUCAAUGUGUCUGAAGCAGGUGUUCCCUAAGUACACCAAGCAGUUCAGCUACCUGCGGACCGUGGAGCGCAUCACUGCCCUCUUCCUGCGCUUCCUGGGCGUCAAGGGCAACAUGCGCCUGGGGCCCACUGGCUUCAGAACCUUCAUCAGGAACUGUAAACUGAGCAACAGUCACUUCUCCAUGGCGACUGUGGAUAUCCUCUACAUCGACGUCACACGACGCUGGGCCAGCAUGCUGCCUGGCUCCAGAGAAGCGGGGAUGGGUCUGCAGGCAUUCGUAGAGGCCUUCUUCUACCUGGCCCAGCGCCGGUUCAAGUCCCUCCCCCUGAGGGAGCAGGUGGUGUCCCUGCUGGAGGUGUGUGAGGCUCAGCUGGAGAACCAGGGAAGAGGAGAUCCUGGAGGAGCUCUACCCGAGGACAACACCUCCUCCACCAGGCGCUCUGUAAGCUGCGGCAGGACCCAGCCAGGCAGGACUGUACACCCCCACCAUAUGUCAACCUCCACCCCAGGCCAGGCUCUGUCGGCCCCCCAGCUCUGCUCCCCGGCCACCCCGCGCAGGGCCUUGUCCCAAGACUACAGGCUGCAUCAGAGACUACGUCCCACACACAAGGGCAAUGUAGAGAACUGACCCGACUGGGGCCUAAGGAGCUAUACACACACACACACACACACACACACACACACACACACACACACACACACACACACACACACACACACACACACACACACACACACACACACACACACACACACACACACACACACACACACACACACACCUAACAGAGGAACACAAAGACUGGCUCAAAUUCCCCCAGGGGGUCCUGUUGAGAGAAGAGACACAGAUUGUUGGGAGCUGACCUCAGAGGCUCAGCACCAUGAGGCCUUUUCUGGAAUUCAUUACUUUCCUUAAAAAGGAGAGGAGGAAGUCCACAGGGUGGAUGAGGAAGUGUGAGAACGAGGUAUGAAGUGUGUGUGUGUCAAGAAAGGUCACUCAGGUCCAGAGAGGGAGAUGGUUGGUUGUAAGGCCCUGCUUGAGAUGCAAUUAUUGAUUAAUAACUUCAGGGUAGGUUGUGUCUCGCUUCAGCCCUGUUGAGCAACCCACUGAGCAAUCACACACACACACGCUCUCUCUUCAGGGAAAUCGACGCACGUACUGCAGUUUUACACACAGUGUAUGUUGCGGGUAUGGAUCUGAGCAAUUCCACGAUAGCUUUAGAACCUACAACAUUUGCACAGAUGUGUGUGUGUGUGUGUGUUUAGUGUAUUUGAGAUCAACGGCCAUAAACUGUAAUGGCCAGCGGUUCUGCCAUUCAGCUGUUCCUGCUCACAGAACCAAUCAGUGAUGAGAUGUCUCAUCAUUGUACCAAAGGGAAAAGGACAUCCUCCCAGACCGUUCUACCCAAUCACAAAUCGUCCCUUAGCCCAACAGUACCCCCCAUGCACUGAAGACCACCUGAGAAGAUUGGAUGGUAUAUAAGUCAUAUGGAAAACAGCCUAUCUGAAGACAAAGUCAAGUAAUUAAUGAUUUGCCAAUAAUCAUAUACUCUCAGAUCUCCAGUGUAUAGGUCAUAUGGGCUAUGGUUUGAUUUGGGACUGGGCAUUUCCUCUCCUUUCAUAACAGCAGCUACUCCAAUAACAUAGCAGCCUUAGACGAACAGCAGUGAGCGAGACAGAUGGUUACUCAAAAUGGCCGCCACAGACCCAAAUAGGAGCGCGUCUCCUUUGCUUUGACGCCCUUCAUGGGGAAUAGGAAGUUAGGAGACGAGACCGAACCAGGACUGUAAAUCAGGCGAAUGCUGUCAUUCAACACUGCUUGUUUGCGAAUACUGUGUCAUCCGUAUCCAUAGGAAUGUUUUGAAUUGUAUUUGAUUUUGUUCGUUUUUCCUCCACAUAAUUUAUUCACGCCAGUCAGUGUCACCUAUAAACAGUUGCUGCUUGCCGGAGAAUGAAACUAAACACUCAAGCUAUCAUCUUGGUUCCUUCAGUACCAUAUGUGCUGAACACACACUACACUACUAAGACUAUAGAUAUUUGCGCCAUCUACUACUGUACUCCACCACAGCCUCUGAGAAAAUAGAUACUCAACCAUAACCUCCAUUGGAAAUGUACUGUGCGUCUGUUCAUAGCACUGCAAUGCAGAAUAAAGGACUGUAUUUAAACCA